AUGGAGUCGCGCCUGCUGCUGCCAAUAAUCUCUUCGAAUUUCAACGCAUGCGGCGGCAAACCCGUUCGCCUCGGCAUCGACGAGGCUGGACGCGGCUGCGUGCUGGGCGCCAUGGUGUAUGCGUGCUUCUUCUGUCCCGCUGAAGCAGAGAAAAAGGAGCUAAAGGCUCUCAACGUCGACGACUCCAAGAGGCUGAAGGAAUGGCAGCGCGAGGAGGCGUUUGCCGCCAUCGAGGAGCGAAAAGACAUCUUUGGGUGGAGUAUUCACGCAAUUCGUCCUGAGGAGAUCUCGGCAAAGAUGCUUCGAAAGAAGAAAUUCAGCCUGAACGAAAUAUCGCACGAGACGGCCAUCUCGCUGAUUCAGCGCACCGUUCAACACGGCGUCAACGUGACCGAAGUCUUCGUGGACACAGUCGGAAGCGCGCAGGCUUACCAGGCGAAACUUCAGAAACGCUUUCCCUCAAUUAAAAUCAAGGUCGCCGAGAAGGCCGACUCACUGUUUCCCGUCGUGAGCGCGGCGUCGAUCCUCGCGAAGGUCACGCGCGACCGCAUGCUGUUCGAGUGGCAGCCUGCGGACGUUUCUGGGAGCGAGACAAACGGCGAAGGCGAGAAGGAAAACGGGCGCGACGCGCCUACAGAGGACGCGAAGUCGCCGGCGGCUGGCAAGAGAGCGAAAGACGAUGAAGAGGCAACUCCUCAGCAGAAAAAAACCAGAAAAAACGGCAAGUCAGAGGGCACAAAGGCCGCGGAGGACCAGAGCAAGAGUCAGAAGGAGAAGUCGAAGAAGUCGACGCCGACUGUGCAUCAGAACCCGAGCUUCGGCAGCGGCUAUCCUGGAGACUCCGAGACCGUCGCCUUCCUGAACAAGAACUGCGACCCCGUCUUCGGGUUCGAUCCCCUCGUGCGCUACAGCUGGUCCACGGCUCGGCUUAUAUUCGAGAAACGCGGAGUCCCCGUAGACUGGUACGAGGAGGUCAACGACGACGCGGCGGAGGCAGCGACGAACAAGGCGAAGCAGAGCCGCAUCACGAAUUUCUUCCAAGCCAAGCGAACCAACAGCGCUGGCGGAAUCGAGCGCCCCGGAUUUUACAUUCGAAACAAACUGCAACUCCUCUCAGAGCUGAGCUCCUGA